AUGUCACCAUUGAAAUGGAAUUACAAUCUGGCUGCACAAGCACAAAAAUUGGCGGUCAAUUGCACCUUGCAACACAACAAACGUUAUUCGGAUGAAUUCUCUUGGGUUGGACAAAAUAUUGCUCUCGGUCCAACCAUUAAGUCAGGAGUAGAUGCUUGGUUCAAUGAGCACAAAUUAUACGACUACAAUCACAACAACUGUAUGGAAUGUAUGCAUUACACACAAAUGGCUUGGGCCAAGACCACAGACAUUGGAUGUGGAGUUGCGAGUUGUCCAAAGAACGGUCUAUCAAUCGUGUGUAAUUAUGGUCCAGGUGGUAAUUGGAAUAAUGAGAAACCAUAUGAAGUGAAAUCACGUGAAUUGUGCCCAAAAAUGCAGAAUAUUCCUAAAGGCAGUUUUCAAAAGACGCAUGAUAAUACACAGCGUGCACGAUUAUCAAUAGUGAAUGUCAACCAGAAGUUGUCAACGACCGGUUCAAGUGGAAGUAGGGUUCACGACCAACGCAUACAAGGUCAACCUACUUCUAUAAAUAGUUUUGAAUAUCGUCAACGUAAUACACAGCAUUCUAUAAAUUGUCUGUUAUCCAUACAUCUCAGAGAUAAAAUGAAUAUCUUAUUAUUAUUAUUAUUAUUAAUUUAUAUAAAAGUAAACAUUGUCUUCUCACAACCAAAUGAUCCACAACUUCAAAAACUUCUACAAUAUCAUAAUGAUCUUAGACGUAAUUUAACAGAAUGUAAAUUUGAAGGACAACCUCCAGCGAAAUAUCUGCCAGAUCUUAAAUGGGAUAAUGAACUAGCUUCAAAAGCUAAAGAUUUAGCAAAUGAAUGUUAUUUUCAUCAUAAUGAUGUGAAUUUACCACAUAAAUGGGAAUAUGUUGGUCAAAAUAUAGCAGGAUAUCAAACAGUUGAACAAGCAUUCGAUGCAUGGAAAGAUGAAUAUAAACAGUAUAGUUAUUAUUCAAUGAGUUGCUACGGUGUUUGUGGACAUUAUACUCAAUUAGUAUGGCAAAAUACUACUCAUGUUGGUUGUGGUAUUACAAAUUGUACCGGGAAUUAUGGAUUUCCAUAUGGAUUAUCAGUUGUCUGUAAUUAUGGCCCAGGAGGAAACUAUGAAGGUCGUUAUCCUUACGAAGCAAAAUCACAAGAUGAAUGUUAUGCUGUAACUACUAGACGUCCUAAACCUACUAGACGUCCAGUUACUACUAAACGUCCUAGAACUACUAGACGUCCAAUUACUACUAAACGUCCUAGAACUACUAGACGUCCUGAAACUACUAGACGUCCAAUUACUACUAAACGUCCUGAAACCAUACCAACUCGUAAACCAGGCAUAUCAAAACAAAUACCAAAACCAAACUGGCCUACACUUAUCAGUUCAUGGAGUGGAUUUGCCAAUUCAAAUAUGCUACAAGGAAUAAUAACAAAAACAUGUAUUUGUAUUCAGUGA